UAUCUAUUCAAAUUCUCAUUCCCCAAAUAGCUACAAGAUUAGUAUUGCUAAUGAAAAAAAGAAAGGACAAUUGUCUGUGACAAUAUUUACCAAACUACAUAAUGUCAUCUUUGGUGAGCAAUAAUGAGCUAAUGGAUGAAGUUUCUACUAAUGUGCAACAAAUGAAAUGUCUACCUUUGCAAGAAUAUCAACAACUUUGUCUAGAUUUAGACAAGGCUUAUCAAGAUAUCGUAAAUCUUAAUCAGAAAUUAUGUCACGCUAGAAGAAACUUGGAGGACGAAAAACGUAAACGUCGAGUAAUUGAGCACUAUAAAAGUUUACUGGAAAGUCAAAUUAAUGCAACUAGAAAAGUAUUAUUCCAUGAUAAAGAAGUAAAUUUGGAUGAAGAAAUAAAGGAGAAACUACAAUCUCUUACCAAACCUAUGUUUGAAUUCAAAAUGUGUAAUAAUCUACAUAUUCAAGACAAACAGUCCGAUGGACAACUGACCACAAUAGCAGAAAUGGAUUCGACUGGUUCAAUACUAAGCGACUUGAAUUGUUUGUCAAAGUCAGAAGAUGAUUUGGAUACCGAUGUUAUUAUAGAGAUUGAAAAAAAGAAAAAGUGCAGAGAGUACAUACUUGGCGAUGAUUAUACCGCAAAUGGACAAUGCAGCACAUUAGAUAAAGUUGCAAAAUUUAACUCACACGAUGGAGUAACAAUUACAAGAGUUAAGACAAAUGAUGAUACGCACACUGCGUCUUUCAAAAUUAAAGUUAUAUCCGACAAAGAGAAUAUCGAUCCCAAACCGUUGAAUACAGAAGCAAUUGCGAAUCAUAGUUUUGUAUCAAAGAGUAUAGUCAUUAAGCCAGAAAUAUGUACUUUGUGCAGUAAAAGAAUCAGAUUUGGAAAAACGAUACUAAGAUGCAGAGAUUGCCCCGUUAUAUGUCACGCCGAAUGCAAGACACAAGUUUUUUCGAUUCCAUGUGAAAAAGACAACAAUAUUACAUAGUGCAUCUGUAAGUCUACUAUCAUAAUAAUAAUAAUAAUAAUAAGAAGAAGAAGAAGAAUAACGCUUUUUUUAAAUUUAAUAUUUUUAUAUAAUUAUUGCAAGAAUUUCAGGUUGUCAAAAAGUAAAACUAAUGCUUCGAAACUAACCUAAAACCUAUCUAGCAAUGGAACAAUAUCAAAAAUAAGAAAAACACAUAGUUUUGCAAUUUAAUCUGAUUAUUAACCUUA